GUAAAACAGCUGCUUUUAACACCGAGAUUAAGAAACUGCGUUGGACCAGAAACCGUUAGCUGUGUGGUGACGUCACGAAAACGCAUGACCUCCAAGUGAUUCGGUGUUUUAAUUGAAGUGGGACCUGCAGAGGUCAUGGCUCUGUGGACGACAUGCUCGAUGCUGAAAACAAACGGAUGGCUGAGAACCUGGCCACCAAAGUCUCCAGACUGAAAUCUCUGGCGUAUGAAAUCGACCGAGAGGCUGACGAUCAGAACGAGUAUCUGGACAACAUGGACUCUAACUUCCUGAGUGCAACGGGUUUGCUGACUGGCAGCGUGAAACGUUUCUCCACCAUGGUCCGAUCCGGCAGAGACAAUCGCCGCAUCCUCUGCUACGUCUCUGUGGGCCUGGUCCUGGUCUUCUUCCUGCUCUACUACCUGGUCUCCAGGAUUCAACGCUGACGUGACAACCGCAUCAGCCAAGAGCUGGUUCCAGUGUGGAGCUGAGACUUUUGAUUCGUCAUAUCUGAUUUAAAUCACCCCUGUGGUUUUCCUGCGCAGGAGGAGACUCUUUACUCUGCACCAAAGUGAGAAAACAAACAGGAAACAGACAGAAAACAUUUUGUUGAAUUGUUGAACUGAGCAGAAGGAGGUGUUGGACGCAGUAGCAGUAAUGGUCACGCUGGAGUCUCUAAAACACACUUGUUGCAAGCCAAGAAGUCCUAAUAUGGGCAAAGAGAGGGCGGGGCCUGAAUGCAGGUGGGAGUGGGACCCAGAAUAGCUGAGUGUGAUAAACAGAUGAACCUGUCAAUUUUGUCAAACUUGCCUGAAACAUAAGGUUCAUUUCAGACGAGCUGUCCCAGUUCCAAACUACAUGAUGAUUUGAACUAUGACUUGUUUAUUCAAGCUGCAAAAUAUCUAUUUUACAAACUAAAAAACUUGAAAUUUGAGUGCGUUACAAAGCACAGCUGCAAAAAAAAUCAUAGUAAAUUUCAGUUUUGGUGGUGAGACAGCUACAGGGAGGUGAAGAAACAUUUGUUUUCUUUUCCAGGUUUAAUCAGCAGUGUGAUUUUAAACUGAAGGUCAAAGUUAACUGAAGUCAACAUCCAUUAAUUUAUUAUUUUCUAUCAGUAGAAAGUGGUAUUUUUUGUAUUUUUAAGUAUUUUUUUGCAGCAAAACUACUGUUUUUUUGACAGUUAAUAUAUAAUAUGCACUGUCAGCCAAUUUGUAUGUAUGUAGUGUGGAACUGGGACAAAGCAGGAGACAGCUGGACAUUUUAAUAUGUUAUCAAAUGGGCUGUAGUUGAUAUAAAACAAAAAUCAAACCCCAGUGUUUCAGUUUAGUUUGAUGAGCAGUUUUAGUUCAGCAUGUUUCCUUCUAAUUAUUAAUAUUAAAUGUUGGGACCUGUGCUUUUCUUGGUUUACAGGGACAUGUUGUUUACAAUAUUUUGUCUUUUUUUUUGUCCUCUUUCAAUCGGUGAAAGAGACUGGGGGAGAUUUAAAAUUUCAAAGUGUUAAGAAGAGUUUUCUUUCUAUACGUCUUCACAUUCCAGGUUUUUAACUGCUCAUCCGCUACAGCAAACAUUUAGUAUUAUUAUUAAUACACAUGCAAUAAAUGGUUUUAAUGGUGAAUCUUCUUUUUACAUGGGUCAUUAUGGUUCUGGGAAUUAUGUGAGAUAUCAUUUAUGAUUUGUUGUUUAUUAUUAUACAGUCUUCAAUUAAAAAAAAUAUUAUGACUAGUACAGAAGACAGAUUUUAUUUUUGAUAACUAAAUGACAAGACAUUAUAAUUCAAUAAAAACCUCUUCAAGACUUAAAAUAUCA